AUGUAUCAACUAUCUAGCACCGCUACCAUCUGCGAAUCCUGCCGCCAUCUUAUCGACUACACCUCCAACAAGUCCUUCUGCUCUCUUGUCAUGAGCCCCGUGACGAGUGGUCUAAGCAUGAACCGCAUUGACGAGAUCGAGGAAAGGGCGUGUUUUGAAGAGCCGGCUGAUUACAGCUCUUAUGUUGAUAGUCAGUUUUGCAAGCGCUGCAAACCAGAUGGUAAGCAAGGUAAUGUUGAGGUCUAA